CAUCCCCUCUCCCUCCCGUCCCACCCACUUAGCCUCAGCCUAAGAGCCCUUAACAAAUGACUCCCAAGGAAUUUAAAUGGCUAACGCUGGCUGGCCAAUAACGAGAUGCAUAAACUCUAUAACCAGGUUACAAGGCUCCAGCCAUUAGGAAGAAAGGUUCCUCGGGCAAAGGCGUGAGUCCUCUUAACCUGUCGCCCUUCGACUGUGGGACCAGAGAGGCUUUACCAGGCUGUGAAUGAGUUUGACACCAUGACCGCUGAGGACUCCACUGCAAGGAUGAGCAACGAUUCCUCCAACGUGACUACCACAAAAGUUCCCGAAGGAGUUGCUGGUGCUCCCAACGAGGCGGCCCUGCUGGCCCUCAUGGAGCGCACUGGAUACAGCAUGAUCCAGGAGAAUGGGCAACGCAAGUAUGGCGGCCCUCCUCCUGGCUGGGAGGGCCUGCACCCUCCACGUGGCUGUGAAGUCUUUGUGGGCAAAAUCCCCCGUGAUGUCUAUGAAGAUGAGCUCGUCCCUGUCUUCGAGUCGGUCGGACGCAUCUAUGAAAUGCGCUUGAUGAUGGACUUUGAUGGGAAGAACCGUGGCUAUGCCUUCGUGAUGUACACGCAGAAGCACGAAGCAAAACGAGCUGUCAGGGAGCUCAACAACUACGAGAUCCGCCCCGGCAGGCUGCUGGGUGUGUGCUGCAGUGUGGAUAACUGCCGGCUCUUCAUUGGAGGCAUUCCUAAGAUGAAGAAGAGAGAGGAGAUCCUGGAAGAAAUCGCCAAGGUGACAGAAGGCGUGCUGGAUGUCAUCGUGUAUGCCAGUGCAGCAGACAAGAUGAAGAACAGAGGCUUCGCCUUCGUGGAGUAUGAGAGCCAUCGAGCAGCAGCAAUGGCCAGGAGGAAACUCAUGCCAGGAAGGAUCCAGCUGUGGGGACACCAGAUUGCUGUUGACUGGGCAGAACCAGAGAUAGAUGUGGAUGAAGAUGUCAUGGAGACUGUUAAAAUCCUCUAUGUGAGGAAUUUAAUGAUUGAGACCACAGAGGACACUAUUAAAAAGGUCUUUGGGCAGUUUAACCCUGGCUGUGUAGAGCGGGUGAAAAAAAUACGUGAUUACGCCUUUGUGCACUUUACAACCAGGGAAGAUGCCAUUCAUGCCAUGAACAACCUUAAUGGUGUUGAACUGGAAGGCUCCUGCCUGGAGGUUACCUUGGCCAAGCCAGUAGACAAGGAGCAAUACACUCGCUACCAGAAAGCAGCAAAAGGAGGAGCUGCAGCAACGCCAGAAGUAACUCAGCAGCCUAAUUAUGUUUACUCUUGUGAUCCGUACACACUAGCAUAUUAUGGAUAUCCAUACAAUGCCCUGAUUGGGCCCAACAGAGACUACUUUGUGAAAGCAGGCAGCAUACGAGGCAGAGGGCGAGGUGCAGCUGGCAACAGAGCCCCAGGCCCCCGGGGCUCCUACCUGGGGGGAUACUCCGCUGGCCGUGGCAUCUACAGCAGGUACCAUGAAGGCAAAGGAAAACAGCAGGAGAAAGGAUACGAGCUGGUACCCAACUUGGAGUUACCUGCGGUCAACCCGGUGGCCAUUAAGCCUGGAGCAGUGGCCAUCCCUGCCAUUGGUGCCCAGUACUCCAUGUUUCAAGCUGCGCCACCAGCCAAGAUGAUGGAAGAUGGCAAAAUCCACACUGUUGAGCACAUCAUCAACCCCAUAGCUGUCCAGCAGGACCCGGCUAGUGCAGCAGCUGCUGCGGCAGCCGCGGCCGCAGCUGUGAUACCGGCUGUCUCAACGCCUCCCCCGUUCCAGGGCCGCCCCAUCACGCCGGUGUACACCAUGGCUCCCAACGUCCAGCGGAUCCCCGCUGCCGGCAUUUACGGGACAAGUUACGUGCCCUUCGCGGCGCCCGCCGCGGCGACAGCGACGAUAGCCACGCUACAGAAGAACGCUGCCGCCGCCGCUGCCGCUGCCUACGGGGGGUACGCCGGCUACAUCCCCCAGGCCUUCCCAGCUGCCACCAUCCAGGUGCCCAUCCACGACGUCUACCAGACGUACUGAGACUGUCGGCAGAGGAGAAACACACCCUGAAGGAACACUUUACUAUUUAUGAAGAAAGAACCGACUGCGAAAGAGUAAAUGUUUGGGGCUCGGUAAACUGAUGCAGAAAGUGAAGAAUGUCAUAGAAAAAUGUGUCCGAAAUGUUUUCUACGCUUGAAGUUUUCACUAACUUUUUUAGGCUAUUUUUAAAAUUUAACAUGCCUGUAUUCAUACAUUUCUAAAGGACCUCGAUGCAUCCAGCCCACCGCUGACAUGCAUUUAUACCCAUCCUAGUGGGGUUGCAUAGGGUCUCCUUUUUUUUUUUUUUAGCAGUUAUAUUUCCAAUGUAUUUGUGGUAUGAAGGUUAUUUUUUAGUAACUUCUGCACUCCAGAGAUGUCUAUUUUGUAGUGCCUUUAAUAAUAUAUCAGCUAUAUAUAAAAAAGCACACCUGAGCAGCUAGGGAAAGUUUUAACAAUAUAUUUUGAAGAAUAUAUUCAAUAUUUAAAGAAUACAUACUUUAGAUUUUUUUUUUUUAAGAAAAAACCAACGAGUAUCUUAUUUAAAAAAUUAUACUGGAAAGUGCAAUUUGAAAAAUGUGCAAGACCUCUGCAUUUUUGUGCUGGCAUUAACACAAUCCACUUCUUAUUUGAAAUCGGAGGUAACUAAUAUUUCUCAUUUGAGAGAAAGAGGAAAGAAAAAGCCUCCUCACACAAACCUCUUCAUGGUGUGAUUUGCAGGCUUGUAUUAAGUAAAGGAAAGGCUCUGAGUUCUCCUUAACAACUGGAUUUUCUAUUGAAGCUACUUGCAGCUGGAGCACAAGCAGAAACAAGUAGCUGAUAUUUGAUGUGAGGUUUCUUGACUUAGAUCUUCAUCCAGUAUAAAACCUAGGCUCUUUUUUAAUGUUCUUUAUUUUAUUCUUUGAAGUAUAUGUUGUAGUGACUGAGAAUGUAUGCUGCUCUCACCAAGAGGAUGCGCAGCGUUACUUACCCAUUGCUCCAUCAUGUUCUGUGAGAAAUUUCCACUACUAGGGGUGGUAGUGAUACUGGAAUUAGUGAAACGGGGCUAACCUCCCACCCAGCCUCCCUUCCAUGCUUAAUUCCCCUUCUCCACAGCUGGAGUUGUACAUGCACAUCAGGGGUGGGAGCAAUUAGACCCGACGAUUUUAAGACAUAGAGCUUGUAAAUAUCUCUUUUAAUAUACAUUUUCAAAGUCCUUUUAUGUUGCAAAUUUACAUGGUAUGUGGUUUGCCACAAAACAAAAACCUUAUAUUGCAAUGUUAUAAAAAAAGUUUGUUUUAUUAAGAAGUAAAUAUAUUAUUGCAGUGUUUUGUGGCCUGUUUAAAGGCUUUUAUUUAGUAGUAUGGUGAAUGUAAAAUAUGGUAAAACAGUGAAGAAAUGUCUUGCCCAUUGUAUGAAGUGCAUCAGCCCUGCAAACACAGCUCUGGUGACACGAGGUGUGGAGCAGAGAGUGAGUAAACAAUGUUCCUUUACUUUUUGUGGUAGAAGUACCAACUGAAGGGGUUUCGUAUUGAAUAUACUUUGACAACCGAACGACUUCCAGACCACAUCCAGCUCAAUUAAGUGACAUUUUAAUAUGUUUUUUUUUCCUUGCCUCAAAAUGGAACAGUUGUUUUUUAGGUGCUCUUGCUCAGCCAGGCUGAGCUCUCCUCACCCCUCACGCCCCACCAAGCAGCCAAAGCACUGGGAGGAGGUUAACCAUUAGGUGGGACUCUGCCCCUCCGCACCCUUUCCCAGGAUUUUCUUCUUAUCUGUCCCUGUGCUUCUGAAAGCACACCCAGACCUUGCCUGAGGCCUGAAGCAGGGCAAGAGGAGGUGAUUUGGCUGAGAGGGAUGCCCCCAUCAUGGAGACCAACACUGCUUCCUCCAGCCUGGGCCUUGCACAGCUCAACACUAAAUGCUGCUGUGGGUUCACAGGCUCUGCCUAAACACCCCUGGGGCUGGGAAUAGGCAGCCUCCUGGUUUGGGUUUCUGUCAACCCCUUUCCAGCCCCACGCCAUGGCUGACCCAAAGAGGAGGGAUGAAGGGCAAUCACUCUUUUCCCAUUCAUUCUCUCCCCUCCGGCAGGACAAAAAGUGGCAGGGAGAGAAAGGAGCCAAAGAGGGUGAAAAAAAGGAGCCCCAAGCCACCAGUGGGUGCAGGCAGGACCCAGGAACACAGGCAGGAGCCAGGCUGCAGGCAGGAGCCAGGCUGCACUGAGCUUCCCCAGCCCCUGCCUUUUACACUUCCUUCUAAACCAUUUCAUGUACACUACUACUGAGGUAAGUUUGAUAACUUGAAAUGUGAACAUCUUUAGGUUAAGAACAAACUAUUCAAAGGAGGAAAAAAAAAAAAAAAA